AAAAAAUAUUAUGAUUAUAUGAUUUAAUAGAAUAGCAUUUUUUUAAUUACCAAUUAAUAUAAUAGCAAUCAUUACAAAAAAUGCAAAAUUUAAAAACAUUAAAUGCAUGACAACAACAUUAAGUAAUGUUAUUGAUAUUUUACAUUAUAAUAAUUGUCGAUCGUAAACCGCUUAAUAUUUCAAUUUACGCGAGAGGAAAAUAAAGAUGACGGAAAGUUUAAUAAAUGAAUGGUUAGUAGACUGUGCAGAUGUCUCACCUUCAGAACUUCAUACUUUUGCUACUACCUUAUCACAAGAUAAUGAAAUAGUCAGAGCUCUUUAUGUACUUUUGGAGGAACGUAGUAAAUAUAGUCAGCUGGUGGAUACAGUAUGUGAUCAAUUAUAUAAUUUUUAUCGGUCUCGAGAAACAGAAUUACAAAGAUUUACCUUACAAUUUUUACCAACAUUAGUAUACAUUUAUUUAAAUUCUGCAGCUCAUGGUGAUAUUAAGAAUUGUCGGUCUGUAGAAACAUUAUUAAUUGGUCUGUACAAUUUGGAAAUAGUAGACAAAUCUGGUCAGCAGAAAACAAUUUCUUUCAGAUUACCUUCACUUGCCAUGAUAUCCAUAUUUCAUGAGCCUGUAAGUUUGGCACCUGCUUCUUUAACUGAGAGUGCAGUACGUAGAUUUGAAGAAUGUAAUACAAAACUUGUUAGUUGGGGUCCAUUGCAACAAGUUGAAACACUAAAUGCUCAAAAUAGAUUAAAAGUAAUGACUGCUCUUCUUUUUAUUUAUAAUCAACAACUUGGUUACAUAAGUAAAUUUGCAUUGGAGCAAUUAUGCAAAGUUGCUACUAAACUUGUCACUCAAGGAUUUAUGAAGCCAGGACACCAUCAACGAUCUUCGUAUGGAAGCGAAUCUAGUUUUGUGCCAAGGCUUUUACCGCGCAUACCUGUUUCCAGUCAAUUUCUUCUUGAAUUUUUACAUGCUGUAUACUUUGCUAUGUAUAAUGACUGUUGGUAUUUAGGAACACAAGCAGUAGAAGAUAUCCAUAAUCGAGCAUGUUAUGAAACAUAUCCAGAUGUUAUGCUAGUUACAAAUGCUAUACGUAAUUCUGCAACUACUGGAUCAUCAGGUCAACCUAGUGAUGGACCAAUAGGCAUUAGCGUUGCAUUAUCACCGGCAACUGCAACUGCAACAGUAUCUAAAUCGAUGAUAACGAAUGCUUCGUUUCGAACUAAAAAGUUACCAGAUGACAUACCAAUUCAAGAAACAAAGGAUGAUUCUGGAGGAGAAGGUAAAAGUAAUCUUGUAUCAAUCACAGAAGAAGAAUUGAUAGAAACAAAUAGAAUUGGUUCAAUGAGACAAUCGAAGGAUCAAAAGACUGCAUCUAAAAUUACAAAUUUUCCGGUACUUGGAAAAAAACCACGAGAAAAGGAUAGUAAAGUAAUUAAAAACAUUAGUGCUCUUGAAAAAGAAAAAAAACUUGGAUCUCAAGCAACUUCAAAAGAAAAUAUCAAAGGUAGUUCCUCAAUGUUAAAUAGUGAAUCGACAGAAAUUGAUGGAAAUAUUAAUGGAUGUUCAAUUAGAAAAAAAAAUAAUAGUGUAGAAAAUAAUUCAAUUACAGUAGAUAGUAACGUUUCUUUGAUUGAUAGCGAACGUCUUACGUUGAGUGGAGACUUAGAUAAUAUGGAAAAUUCUAUUACUUUAAGAACGCAUAAUGAAACUGAAUCAUUAACCUCAUCUAUUCAGAUUAGUUCUGUUUAAGUUAUUACAACUAAGUUUUUAAAAUGGAAAAAAAAAACUAGUAGUGGAUUACAUUGAAAUAUAAUUUAUUAUUUAAUAUAUUUUUUCUUUUCUUAUUUUUAAUUUAUAUAAAAUAUAUAAAAUAUAAUUUAUAUAAAAAUCUUUUAUGUCUUAUAUCUUGUCUCUUAUAUCUUUAUAAUUUUAUUAAAAGUUUUUGAAUUUCAAGCAAAUUAAAAACUCAUUUAAAUAAUAUUAUUAAUGAUAAUAAUAUCAAUGAUAUUAAUAAAAAAAAUUUUAUGCACAGUUGAUUUAAAAGUAAUCCAUUACUAAAUUGAUCUCCGUAUUUUAUUUAAAAAAAUUAUUAAGAAUAUAAUGGGAAAGGGAACAAUAAAUUAACAUAUAUUUUUCUUUAAUUAUGGUGAAUUUUUAUAUAUAAAAGAAUUCUGUUAAUUGUUCUCAUAAUAUAUCUUUUAAGGAGGAAUAUCGGUAUGAAUUAUCAUAAAAUACUUUUUGCAUUUUUUGUAUUUUGUUGCAGCCUAACAAUUUAAUGAAUUUUUUUUUAUUAUGUUUAAAAGUUUAGAUAAUGUUUUGAACUAAGAAAAAGAUUUUGAUUAAAAGAACAAUUAUUGUCAAAAGUUAUAGAAAUUUUUCUGAUGUUCUUUUUUUUUUUUUUCUUCUUUUUUUGAGAUAAAUGUAUAAUGAUUAUAACAAUUUUGAAUCCAAAACAUUGUACAUUCUUGGAUUAGAAAUUUAACAUUAUUGUUAUAUUCCUUACAUUUAGCAAAAUCAUUUAUUACAGUAAAUAUGUUCAAAUAAGAUAUAAAAUUCCAUAAUUUGAAACAUUUAUUAUUAUUAUUAUAUUUCUUUAUGUUCAAUCUUUUUCAAUUUUUGGCAAUUGCACUCACACUUGUUUUUUUUUUUUAUUUUAUUUUUUAUCAAAUUGAUAAGGUUUUAUUUAUAAAUAUCUUUAUAAAUUUAUUGCCUUAUUUCUUAAUAUUUUUAAUUGUUUUUAUAUUAAUUGAUGUAAAUUAAAAAUUUAUAAUUCUAUAAGUCAUAAUUAAUAUUUUAUGAAUAAAUAAUACAUAUACUUGUUUAUGUAUUAAUUACAUAUUCAUAUUGAUUGCACAAUUUAACAUUUUCAAUAUUAAAAUAUUUCAUGAUUUAAUAUAUAAAAACUAAUUCUUAUUUAUUAUUUAUAUUUCUAAUUAUUAAAUAAAUAUUUAUUCUCAAGUCCAUGAAUAAUGAUAUUAAUUCCUUAAUAUUUAAUUUUUUUUUUUAUUAAAUUUUUUAAAACAUUAAAAUAUUAAAUUUGUUUGUAACAAUUACAAUUAAUAAUUAAUUAAUAAUAAAAAUAAAAAUCAUAAAUUUUUCAUUAAUUACAUAUUUUGAUAUAAGAUAUUGUUAUUUUCGAAUUUGUAUAUAGAUCAAUGACCAAGAUAUAAAGAAAUAAAUAAAAAGUGAUGGAAAUAUUUACGAUUUACGAUAUCAUAUUACAGGCUUGAACAUUAAGUAAUAUAAGUACAAAGUUACAUUAUACAAUGUUCAAAACUUUUCAAAUUUUUAGAUCUUGUUUUUUAAAAUUUUAAAUUAAAAAAUUGAAUUUUUUAAACGAUUAUCCCUCCUUAAAAUUUGUCAGUGGAUUAAUGGAUUUAUAUACAUUUUUCAAAUGUAUUAUUUUAUAAGAAAGAAAAUGUUUGAAGAUUUUAAAUAUUUAAAAAUCUAGUAAAUAGCCUAAUAUAAAAAAAAUUAUGACUGAACUGAUAAUUUGAUCAUUUCAAAAUAUCAAAGUGAAAGAACUUAUAUGUAUUCUUUUUCGCAAUUAUGUUUAUUAAACAGUUCUUUUCUAUUUUUUAAUACUAUGUUUUAUUUAAUAUUUAAUAAUUAUUAUUAAAUUAAUAAUUAUAAUAAUUAAUUGUGCUUGCUUAAUUUAAUAAAAUAUAAAAUAUUAUAUAGUAAAAUAUUAUAUAGUAUGUCAUGAAUCAUGACUAAUAAUAUAAAAAUUAAUCAUUUCAUUCUACACUCUAUAACAAAAAAAUUGGCAAAUAAAUUUCUUAGAAUAAAUUUAUAGUUUUAAAUAUUAGAUGCUAUGAAAAAAUGUAGAAUAUGACUGACUUGUCUUUUAGACAGUAAAAUUUAGAAAAAUCUUGCAAUUUUUCUAAUAAUCAUAUUUUCUUACAUCUUUAUGUCUAUCUAUAUAGAAUUAUCUAUAAAUUAUGUUUAGAUAAAAAUAUUUUUUCAUAACUUUCUAAAUGAGAAAAUGUUUUGAACUCAUGUGUGUUUAUUAAACUUACAUAUAUUUAUCUAAUGAUUUUUAAGAAUUAUAUGUAUGAAUUAUAUAUAUAAUUUUUUUUUAUAAUAUUACUACUAAGAACUAUUUUUAAUUUACAGUAAAAAACUAUAUAGAAAAAAAUGAAAUUAAAUCUUUGUGAUUCUGACAGUAUUUUUGUUUAUAAAUAUACACUGUGAUAGAAAAUAUUUUUAAACAAUUUUUUUCAACAUUAUUUAUUGAUUAUUUAUUAUUUUGAUUGCAAAAACAAAAAUUUAUAAAUAUAAUUACUGGAAAAAGUUAUAAUUAAAAGUUAUGUAAUUUUGUUCAUAAAAAUUUGUUCAUAAAAAAUUUGUACAAGUUUUCAAAAGAUAUAAUAUUGUGAAUUGGAAUUGGUAUUUGAAAAGACUGUAUAUUACAUCACUUUAUUAUUUAGUCUAAAAUUAUAUCAAUAUAAUUUGUUAAAUAAUCAGAGUGUUCAGUGCGAUUAUAUAUAUAUUAAUAUCAAAUCAAAAAAAAAAAAAAAAGAACAUGUAAAAUAUAUUCACUUAAAAACAAUCUUUAUCUUUAAAACAAUCUUUAUAAUAUUAUGAAAACUUUUAAAUGAUUAAAUUCAGUCUACCAAAAUAUAAAAAAUAAAAAAAGGCUGAUUUAUAUUAUAUUCUUUAAGAUGGAUAAAAUCUUGCAUAGUACUAUUAUUUUCGUAAAAAUAAAAUAUCAUAAUAAUUAUAUAACUAAAAAAUAAAUUUUUUUUUAUUUAUUUGUUAUCAAUAUAAAUAUUAUUUUUGAUCUCAAAAUUUAAAUUCUCAUUCUUAUACAAAUAAAAAUGAUAUGUUAUAUUCUUUUUCAAUAAAAAAAUGUUUUAUUUCUUUUUUUUUUAUAUUAUUAAAAAAUAUGCAAAAUGCAUUUCUUUGAUACUGAAAUUAAUUAAUUAGUUUUUUAAUUUUCUAUAAUCAAUAAAAUUUUAAAAUGAAAAUAAGUGAAUAAUAUAGCAUAAUAUAUGAAACAAAAAUAAAUUUAAAAAAUUAUAUUAUUUAAAUAAAUUUAUUUAAAUAGAGUUAAAAUUUAAUUUUCUAUAUCACUGCCAUUUAAUAUAAUUUAAUUAAUUAAAUUAUAACAAUUUAAGUUUAUAAAAUUUGAUUAUAUACAUUAUUAUUUUUAAAAUUGUUUGUUGUAUGUUUCCAUAUAGACAUGUGAAAUAUAAAUGUCUAAAACAAAAAGUAAUAUGAAUUAUAAAUAUUAAUAAAUUGCAUAGCAAAAAUAUCUAUAUAAAAUAUAAUAAAUAUUUCUUAAAUUUAUUGAAAUUUGUAUAAUAAAUAAAGAAAAGAAGAAAUUAAUAUAAAUAUAUAAAAAAAUUAAAAUUUUAUGUAAGUUUUCAUAAUUUGUCAAAGAAUUGUUUUUUUUUGUAUAUUUAACAAAUCUGUUGGGCUUGCAUCUCUAUCAUAUAUAUAUAUAUAUAUAUAUAUAUAUAUGAUAUAUGUUUAUAUAUAAACACAUUCACAUACAUAUAUAUAUAUAUAUAUAUAUAUAUAUAUAUAUAUAUAUAUAUAUAUAAGAAUUCUUGCAUAUAAAAAAAGAACAAUAUAAUAUGUACAUGUAUUAUGUACAUAUAUAAUAUUACAUACAUAUGUAUAUAGUAGUGUAAAACAACUAUUAAUGUACUUCUAUAAUAUGAAUUACUAAUAAUAUUAUAUGUGCAAAUGAUAUUAUGAUAAUUUAUAUAUAUAUAUUGAUAUAAAUAUGUAUAUUAUUAGAUUCUCUAGUCUAUGUACUAUUUUCUGUACAUUGAAACAGAUUUUCAGAUCAAAUGAUAUGUUCAUAUAUCAAACUCUAUAAUAUGUAAUUGUUUUCAUUAAUAUACAUAUUCUGAAAAUUACUCUUAAUUAUUCAAGAAUGGCUUAUUAGGAAACAUGUUAUUUUAGUUUAUAGCUACAUGUUAGAAUCUGUUACAUUGUUAAAACUGUCAAUAUGUAAAUAAUACAUAAACUUAUUGCAUAGGAAACUUAAUCGAAUUUAUUAAUGCAAUAUUUAAUUUUUAUUGUAUGUUUAAUAUAAAAUUAACAUUGUUAUAUUUUGUAAAUAUAGAGCAAAAUUAAAACAAGAUGCACAAACAUAUUUUACUUUCUCAUAACAAUAUAUUUUUUUUAAUUAUUAAAUAUUAAUUAUUAAGAAACGAAAAAAUAUAUUUUAUUUUUACAAUUAAAUGAAAAUUUAAUCAUUUAUAAUUGUAUAUUUCUAAAAAUGGAAUGCAUUCCAAAUAAAUAUAUUAGCUUAUAAAAUUGUUACAUUACAUAGAUAUUAUUGAAUGUAAUUGUUAAUAUAUGAAAACUCUAUAUAUAAAUUAAAAUAUUAUAAACAUUUUAUGAAAAUGUUUAUAUUUUUAAAAAAUUGUUUUAAGUAUAAAUCCUUGAAAAAAAAAUUGAAAUUUUUUGCAAAUUAAUUUUAUAGAUAUAAUAAGUUUUGUAUAUUGAAUUUAAAAUCAAAUAUGUAAUUUAUUUUAAUUCAAUUUUAUUAAAUAUAAUGAAUAUAAUAAAAAUAUAAAAAAUAUAUUAUUAAAAAGAAUAAAAAUCUGUAAAGAAUUUUUUUUUAUAAAUAUUAUAUUUAAUAAAUUUAUUUAUAAUUAUGAAACUAAUCACACGCUAAAAUUUAUUAUAUUCAUAUCUUUGAAAGAUUGAUUUUAGAGACCAAAAUAAAUACAAAAAAUGUUAUACAAAAGUAUUAAUUAAAAUUUAUUUAUUAAACUGUAAACAAUUCACAAAAAUUCGCAUUAGAUGAAAUAGAAUGAACAAGCAAAAAUAGAACUAUCUCGGUUUGCUUCGUUUAACGCAAAUUUUAAUUAUAACUUAAUAAAUAAGCCUUAACUAAUAUUCUUGUAUAUAUCUUUGUAUACUUUAGUAUUUAUUUUGGUUUUUAGAAUAACCAAUUUAAAAAUGUUCCAUAAAUAUGUUAACACUUUGUAUAUAUUUUAUUCUAUAAAAAAAAUUGAAAUGUUUAUUUUGUUGAUAGUUGUUCUAUCAAAAUAUGUUGUUAUAUUUUAAAUAAUAGUCAUAUUAUUAUUUCACGUUUAUUAAAUGUGCAAUAAAAAAAAUAUUUAGUAAAUAAAUAUACAAAAAAUUGUAUAAAAAUUAUUAAUAUUAUUAUUAAUAUAAUUAAAUUAUAUAUAUAUA